CUGCCGCCUCCCGCGACGCUUCAGGCCUCUGGCGUCUGGCCUCAAGUCUUCUUCUAGCCGCCCCCCGUCUUGUCUCCCUCUCUCGUGUCAGAUCGAUCCUCUGGCAGCCAACUUCGCUGUGGCCGCCGCAGCCGUCCCUCCGGCGAGGGGAAACAACCUUCACUUGCAACUUCCACGCGUCGGGUCGCCGCUCGCCAGUCGCCACCAAUAGCUCCGCCGGCGAGAACAUUGCCGGAGAGAUGUCUCAGAAGCGAAGGGAGAAGGUGGAUACAGGCCCGGUUCCACGGAAGCAUGGUGCAAUGGAGAAGACAUGCCCCCCUGAUCAGCUCCGCCGACAGGCGCAGGGCAUCCAGCGGCCUGUCAAGACUGGAGCACGUCUUGCCGGAGAGAAGAAGCACAAAACUGAAGCAGAUGUUACAGGAGAGAAAAAGCACACGAAAGGCAAUAGUGCAUCUUUUCCAACGAAAACAACCACGCCACUAGUCAAAGCAAGAACGAGUUCCCGCUGUUCCGAUGAAUGCACCAGCCGCCCGAUCGAUGCUCACGACCAUGGCAGCACUGUUGCCAUCCAGGAACAGAGUCAAGAAUCCGCCGCAAUCAAGAUAGAUAAAGAACUGGAGUACAUAACCCAAAAGUUGAACAAGUUGGGAGUGGCAGAUGAUAUUGGCUUUGAGGAGUACUAUGAAUGCUUGAUGAAUCUGCCUCCCGACCCCUCCGUUGAUACUUCCAUCAGACUGGAUGAUACAGAUCGUUAUGACAUCGACAUCCGCCACGCGGUGUACCGCAUCAGAUCCCACAAGUUGUCACAAAAGGAGUCCAAGAAUGAGUUGUGCCGUGAUGAACUGAAAGAUUGCCCUAUGGAGCUUCUUGACAGCGAAGAAUUUCCUACAGAUUUCCUCGUGAAGAUGCGAUAUUUUAGCUUCUUGGAGGAAGAAGGUGUAUUAGACUGGUUCUUCCACCCUGAACUCUGCAAGCUUGCUUGCCUGAAUGACUACCAGCGUCUAGUGCCUCGGGAUCAUGGUGUUGUUUUUGAUUGGGAGUACGCUGAUUGCGAGUUGUACCGCAGUUACUUCCAUAGCUAUGAGAUGCAACAUGAAUACAUCGAGUACUUUGAAACAUUAUUAAGGGAACUUAAGUGGUUGAAAGAUUGUCUACCGGUUAACGAUACUUCUCCUACUGCAAGCAAAAUACGGACCAGAGGAAUUUAUCAAGCAACUAAGAUUGCCACUCGCUUUCCCAAGAUCACAACUCAUUUAGUUCGUAUUGGCUUCAGUGAUUGUCUUACUUACAUGGGCAUUGAGGCUAGGUGGUGCAACGGAUCCGAUGGUCUCCAUUUCGAGAUUUGGAAGCGAGUCACUCAACAAAAGGAGAGUUUCACAAAUGCUUUGAAGGAAGUCUAUUUACUGAACAAGUGUCCGUCGCGGCAAGAUAGCAUUGAGUAUGCCAUAGAGUUUGAUCAUUCCGUUAUGAAACUAGAGUUUCUUCAUUGCACGGCAAGAGUUCCCAAGGAAAUAUCAGAGGAUAAAGCUCAGGAGUUGAUUACAGAGAAAGUUAAAAAGCUGAGGAUAAAACCCAAAUUCUUUGCUGACUAUAUCAGAAAGAAGAUUGACAUUGCCAAAACUAUAGGAUUGAUUACCGAGGUUUAAGAAGAUACAUAUUGCGCCUGGCUUUUCGUCGUUGGAGCUUCCAUUUCUUCAAGAUGUCUUUUCAUGGAUUCGCUGGUGCAAUGAACAACGAACUAGAUCAGACUCGUAGCUCUUACAAAGUACAGUAGUAUAGUACAUUUGGGAUCUGAACAAAUAAUCCAAAAUGAUGCAUUAAGUAAGUUUCAGUCGCAGGAACUGAGUACUACUAAUAAUAGUAAGCUUCGGUCCCUGUAAUUUAACACAACACUUUGUAUGUAUGUAAAAGCUAGUGCCUUCAUUUUUAUUUGCAUUGUAAGAUUUCAAAUAAGAAUAUUUCAUACUGCACAGAUUGAAAGAGAAGAUUCAACAGGUCUAGCAA